AUGCAUCAUGAUUCCUGUCCUUUAGACUGCAAGGUUUAUGUAGGCAAUCUUGGAAACAAUGGCAACAAGACUGAAUUGGAACCGGCUUUUGGAUAUUAUGGACUCCUCCGAAGUGUGUGGGUUGCUAGAAACCCUCCCGGCUUUGCUUUUGUUGAAUUUGAAGAUCCUUGGGAUGCAGCCGAUGCUGUUCAAGAGCUAGAUGGAAGAACAUUGUGUGGCUGCCGUGUAAGAGUGGAAUUGUCAAAUGGUGAAAAAAGAAGCCGGAAUCGUGGUCUACCUCCCUCUUGGGGACGCCGCCCUCGGGAUGAUUAUCGUAGAAGUCCUCCACCUCGUCGCAGAACUUCAAUCUUAUCU